AUGGCAGCCCGGAAGUCGGGACCGGAGUGAGGGGAAGGGGACGGGUUGUUCAGGAGGCGAAUGACGAUGCUGUUCUCGGUUAACAUCAAGCUCUCCGCCAGGACUUUAACGGGGACGUUGAGCGGCCAGAACAGAGGGGCUGCGGACUGGGGUUGGCAAGGAUUAAUUGCCCAUGGCUGUCAUUCACUUGUAUUGAUCAUUGAUCCGAACACUUCGCAGACCAUUCAGGUUCUGGAACGGCAUAGAGCAAAUGUCGUGAAGGUAAAAUGGGCUAGAGAAAAUUAUCACCAUAAUAUUGGUUCUCCCUAUUCACUGCGAUUGGCAUCUGCAGACACCACAGGAAAGAUCAUUGUUUGGGAUGUAGCUACAGGAGCAGCUAGAUGCGAGAUUCAGGAAUACACCAAACCCAUUCAAGACAUGGAAUGGCUGUGGAAUCAGGAUGCCUCUCGGGACCUCCUAUUAGCAGUUCAUCCACCAAACUACAUUGUUCUUUGGAAUGCAGAUACUGGUACAAAAUUAUGGAAGAAAAGUUAUGCAGAAAACAUACUCUCCUUUUCAUUUGAUCCCUUUGAGAUAUCUAAUCUAGCAUUACUGACCAGUGAGGGUAUAGUGUUUAUCUCAGAUUUUUCACCAUCCAAACCUCCCAGCAGCUCAGGAAAGAAGGUUUAUAUAUCAAGUCCUCAUUCAAGUCCUGCCCAUACAAAACCAGCAGCUACAGGUGCCAAGAAAGCUUUAAACAAAGUGAAAAUCCUCAUCACCAAUGAAAAACCAAAUGCCGAGUCUGUAACUUUGAAUGACUGCCUGCAGUUAUCUUAUCUGCCAUCAAAGAGGAACCAUAUGCUGCUGUUGUACCCCAGAGAAAUCCUGAUUCUUGACUUGGAGGUAAACCAAACUGUAGGCAUAGUGGCAAUUGAAAGAACAGGAGCUCCUUUCCUACAGGUCAUUCCUUGUCGCCAACGAGAUGCGUUGUUCUGUCUUCAUGAAAAUGGUUGUAUAACAUUAAGAAUACGUCGAUCGAAUUCCAGUUCACUGGCGCUCCCCAUUGAAGAGCAGGAUCCAGAUCAACCUGCUCAAGAACUUGCUUAUGAUUUGCGUUGUCAAUGUGAUGCUAUCAGGGUAACUAAGACAGUUCGUCCUUUCAACAUGGUGUGCUGUGCUGUCAAUGAAAAUUCUGCUGCAUUGAUUGUUAGUGAUGGCAGAGUGAUGUUGUGGGAGUUGAAAUCCAACCUAUUGGGACCAAAACCUUAUUACAGUUACUCAAGUUCCACAGCCUCUCCUUUGUACUGUCCAGCUUCAUUUUGUGGAAUCCCUUUGAGCACCCAACAAAAAAAGCUUCCAGACCUCUCCUUGGAUAACAUGAUAGGACAAAGUAUAGCAGUAGAUGAAGAGCUGCCUAGGGCUCCGAACCAGCAGGAAGUUCAACUGAAGUUCCUGCUGACUGGCUUGUUGUCAGGUCUCCCACUGCCACCAUUUGUUAUACGAAUGUGUCCACCACUCACUACCAAGAACAUAAAGAGCUAUCAGCCAUUGUUGGCUGUGGGUACCAGCAAUGGAUCUGUGUUGAUUUAUCAUCUUACUAGUGGAUUGUUACACAAGGAAUUAAGUAUACAUUCCUGCGAAGUCAGGGGCAUUGAGUGGGCAAGCCUGGCCAGUUUUCUUUCUUUUGCCACCUCGACACCGAACAAUCUGGGAUUAGUGCGGAAUGAACUGCAGCUGGUUGAUCUACCAACAGGGAGAAGUGUUGCAUUUAGAGGUGAACGAAGUAACGAUGAACCACCGAUAGAAAUGAUUAAAAUAUCCCAUUUGAAGCAGUUCUUGGUUGUAGUGUUCAGAGACAAACCUUUGGAAUUGUGGGAUAUUAGAACAUGCACUCUGCUUCGUGAAAUGGCAAAGAACUUUCCUGCAGUUACUGCACUGGAGUGGUCUCCUUCCCACAACUUGAAGAGUUUGCGCAGAAAGCAGCUUGCAGUUCGAGAAGCCAUGGCCAGACAAACUGUUGCUUCUGAUACUGAAGCCAAUAACGUUGAGUCACCUAUGAUCAGUUUACUGCAGGAGGCAGAAAGUAAAGCUGAACUUGGUCAUAACAUCUCUGCACGGGAGCAUUUUAUAUUUACUGACAAUGAUGGACAGACCUUCCAUCUCACUGUGGAAGGAAACGUAGUAAAGGAUGGGGUCAGAAUUCCUCCUGAUGGAGACAUGGGCAGCAUCACAUGCAUUGCAUGGAAGGGAGAGAUGCUAGUGCUGGGAGAUGUUGAUGGAAAUGUGAACUUUUGGGACGUAAAAGCUAGGCUUUCAAGAGGAAUUCCUACUCACCGUGGUUGGGUAAAGAAGAUUCGUUUUGGUCCUGGAAAGGGAAACAUGAAACUUCUAAUGAUGUUUAACGAUGGAGUUGAAAUUUGGGAUACUAAGGAGGUUCAGAUGGUAAGCAGCAUGAGAACUGGUCGGAAUGUCAGCUACAAGGUCCUUGACAUAGAUUGGUGCAGUUCUGAUAAAGUUGUUCUGGCUUCAGAUGAUGGCUGUAUUCGGGUUUUGGAGAUAGCAAUGAAAUCAGCAAGUUACAGAAUAGAUGAGCAGGAAUUAACAGAUCCGAUUUGGUGUCCUUACCUCCUACUUCCCAGAUCUUGUCUUGCAUUGAAAGCUUUCCUGUUGCAUCAACCAUGGAAUGGACAGUAUUCACUUGAUAUCAUGCAAAUCCGUUAUUCAGAAAAUAAAGAAAUAAAAUUCCUUAUGCAGGAACAAUUGAACUCUAUAUCAAAUGACAUCCAGCACCUUCUCAUAGACCCUGAAUUCCAACUGCUGCAGCGAUGUUUGUUGGUGGCAAGGCUUUUUGGUGAUGAGUCAGAACUGCUAUUCUGGACUGUUGCUGCUCAUUAUUUGUAUCGGUUCUCAAAAAGAAAAGACCUAGUUGCACUGAAUGGCAUUCAAGAGAGCCAGGCCAGCCCACUGGAUAUUUGCUAUGAUGUACUGUGUGAGAGUUCCUACUUCCAGAAAUCUCAGAUUGAGCGAGUUAACCUGCAAGAAGCAAAAAGAACAACAUAUGAUCACACAAGGAAAUGUGCAGACCAGUUGCUUUUAUUAGGCCAGACGGACAGGGCAGUGCAGUUGCUACUGGAAACAAGUGCAGAAAAUCCAAGCUAUUACUGUGAUUCCCUGAAAGCUUGCCUAGUUACCACCAUAACCUCUUCAGGUCCUUCCCAGAGCACCAUAAAACUGGUGGCUACUAACAUGAUAGCAAAUGGAAAGCUAGCAGAAGGUGUCCAGCUACUUUGUCUGAUAGAUAAAGCUGCGGAUGCUUGUCGAUAUCUGCAGACCUAUGGAGAAUGGAAUCGAGCUGCAUGGCUUGCAAAAGUGCGUCUAAACACAGAGGAGUGUGCAGAAGUGCUGAAACGGUGGGUAGAUCAUCUUUGUUCUCCACAAGUGAAUCAAAAGUCCAAAGCCAUCCUAGUCCUCCUCUCACUGGGCUGUUUUAGCAAAGUUGCUGAAAUGCUUCAUAGCAUGCGGUAUUUUGACAGAGCUGCACUAUUCUUGGAGACUUGUCUCAAAUAUGGAGUUAUUGAAAGCAAUGAAAAUACAGAGAAAUUUUACAAUGCAGUUUAUGCAGAUUAUGCAAGAUAUUUAAAGAUGUUGAAUCUAAAGGAAGGGGCAAUGCUCUUUGCCAUGAAAGCAGGAGAUACAGGAGCUGAGCUACUUAAGGAGCUGCAUCAAAGCAAAGAGGAAAAAUCUACUUCAUGACUUGAAGAUGUUAACCUUUGAAAAUACAGUGACCAUCUUUAGCUUCAAAGGUUACCUUAACCAGUCGAUGACUGGAAUAUAGUGUCAUGUUCCCAUUUCUAAUUUUGAUCUGAAUAAAAUACAUUCCAGUUGUUGUUGCAGUGAAAAUCAGCAAAAAUAAUAUAUAGGAGAUUCUUCAUGCAAUGCUGUCUAGCAUAUCUAGAUUUUUGAUACAGUGAAAAUUUUGUUUAUGGCUAAAUUAUUUCUCUAUAAUAUUCUUCGCUAUAAUAUUUUUAUAAGUUCCUGUAGAGGACCUCACAGGCAACUUUCUCUGUGCAGUUAUCACUCUGACAACUAUAGACUUUCUGUAGUUAGGCAAAAGACUGUGGACAUCUUGUAUAGCGUGAUCAGAAAAAGUCUUAUGGGUGUCAUUGCAUUUCAAGUUUCCUUACUGUUUAGCUAUAUACAAAUAACUGUAUUGUUGCUUGAAGAAUUGGAUUUAUUGAAAUGUGAAAUGUGGAUAAAUGAUUUGUAAAAGGAAGUAUCUGAUAGCGUAGCUGGACCUUGUUCUUAAUUCAAUGUUUAAUUUGCUAUAAAUUGCUAAUUCCAAGAGAGAUGAAACAAAAUUGUGGUGUGGAAGUUGCACAUUUGGUCCAGAUGGGUGUAUAACCAGGAACCAAUGGUACCAUAAAAAUUAGGUAAGAAGGAGAUAUGGUGAACACAGACAAAGUGGUCAGAAAAGACCACAGUAAUACAUGGAGAAGGAGAUGAUUUGACUUCCUCUCAAACAAAGAGUUUCUCUAGUUUGAAGAGAAGCUAGGGAAAGGAGGAGGAGGAAAAAGGUGCAAAUUACAAAGGACAUAAAAGAAUAAUUGUCGGUUAUUGGAACUGAACAUUACAGUCAUUACAUAUUAUACUUGCAUAUUUUUGUGCUAAAGUGCUGGUAAAUUCUUUUGUAAGUUUGAUUCUUGUGUUGUCCAAAUUGUACUUGUGCAUGAUUAGUAUUAUUACAAACAUCCGUGAUCCAAAAUGGAUUUAAUAUUUUCUUCGCUGCUACAGUAGCUUAUUUCUAUAAAUAGGGAAAAAAGAACAAAAUAGAUCAUCCACUUAUAUGAAACUAUUUGUUUUUUUUCUCCUUUUUCUGGCACAAAAGUACAAUCUCUCUGCUGUUCCAUCAAAAGAAGAAGUUUUCUAACAAAGUACUGCAGCUUUACACACCUUUCUAUUACUUAUUUUUUAUAUUGGAAAGGUAAGUCAGCCCUACAGACAAAUACACUCAGUCGUCACAUGCAGUACCUUAGGUGCUUCCCUUAUCAUUCAUGGUCUUGUUGGAUACAGCUAGGAUGAAAUGGUUGUCUUUUAUUUUGGCAGGGAUAAUUUGAUAAAGUUGCAUUAGUCAGUCAGAUAGGUACAAGUAGAACAAGGUAGCCAAAUUUUACGUACAUCAUGCAGACAGGAGUUAUAAACUGGUUAGGUGUGCAAUUUUCAAAUGCUGCACACCACUAAAGAAAUUGUAUUUCCAUAUCUUAUGUCUCUGGUAAAUUCCAGCAUAUUCUGUUGUAUUGUAUCUAUAAAGUACUAAUAUAAAACACCAGUAUCUUCACAGAGCAACUAGAAAUAUGUCCUUGUGAAUAUUAUGAUAAUUUACAAUAUCUCUUAAAAUUUACCUUUUGUUCCCUCAGAGUUCUGUUGUUCUUGUCUGUGUGUGGCUUGAAGGCAUACUUCUCAAUUGAAGGAUUGUGAAGGUGUUUCACGUUUUUUAAAGAGAUUAUGCAUCUAGUGUGAGCUUCCUCAUGGUGCACAUCACUGCACAAUUGUGCCACCUAAAACUCUAAUCCAUCAUGCCCCACUCCCACCAAAGGUCAGCUAACAUGUUCACCCGGGUUGUCUUUGUAUAACAAUUCAAAAAAGCAGAAUUUCUUUCUUUGAUUGACGAUCAAAAGUCAUCCAGUCAAGCCGUCCCCAAACUUUUUUUAAUGUGAUUUUUUUUUUACUUUUUUUGUCCUGGGGACUAUAUGAAUGAAUAGCUGUAUAUUAAGUGAUAUCUACAACAUUUCCAUAGGUGAGACAUACUGGGAGGGUUGGUAUCCCUGUACAUGGCUUUGGAGCUUGAGCCAGCAUCUAGUUGCCCUUCCAAAGGUGGUGGUGAACUGCUGCAAUCUCUGACGUGUAGGUUUUCCACAAUGCCAUGUUUCAUGUAUAAGCCAUAAUUUUAACUGAUGCACAACAGACCUUCUGUGUUGCCCAACACUCUUCUCAAUUGUUUUCAGUGCUGAAUUUCACCUCCAACAAGCUUCCCAUUGGACUGGAGUUAAUCUACAAAACAAAUGGGAAACUAUAUUGCCUUCACUCCACUCUAGAACCAAUGUCACACCAACCUCAGAUGUCACAAUAAUCGUUCAUUGAAGCAUGCAGGAGAAAGGGCCUUCCACUCAACACCUGCAAAACAAAGAUUCUCCUCCAAUCUGUCCCCACUCUACAACACCAUCCUCCACCAAUAAAGGUCCUCCAAUGAGACGAUAGUAAAAAUGGGCCACCGUCCAUAUCUCGGGAGUCAAUGAAGUCAAACAUUGUUGAUGAAGCACAAUAUCCUGAGGGUGUACACAGAGAGGAUGUUUCCAUGUGGGAGAAUCUAAAACUAACAGCCACAGUUUAAAAAUUAGGGUUUGCCCAAAAGAUAGGGGAUUUUUUUUUCUCUCAGAGGGCUGAGAGUCUUUGGAACUCUGAAUAUUCUUAUGGCAGAGUAGAUAAGCAAAGGGUGAAAGGUUACUGCAGGAAGGUGAAAAUGCAGAGUAAUCUUCAUAUGAAAUUUGCCAUUGCCUUCCAUGUGCCAGUGCAGCCUUUGGCCAUCUGAGUGAAAGAAGGAAGUCUUGACCUUCAAGCAAAUCUGCCAAAGAGCUCAUGGUCUGACGUGGUAGCAGUGAUCGCUGCCCUCCUUCUGAACAAAGAGCUAUCUACAGCAGACCUCAACCCAUUGGAGAGGAACCACCAAUGCUGUUUCCACAUAAUCCUCCAAAUCCACCAGCAGGGUAAGCAAACCAAUGUAGUCAUCCUGCACUGAGGCCCUAAUUACAUGCAGCCUGGCCAAUGAAUUUGGAUGAGUUGUUCACUUGCCCAACAUCAGAGUACCAAAACAAACACCCUGUUCAGAGCUCCACCAUGAUAAAGCAUUACCUUGAGGACAGUGGAAAAGAUUCAGGGAAGUUCUCAAUGCCAGGGGGGUAAGGGGUAAGGGUGGGGGGUGGAAUGCAGCAGCCCCAUUGACUUGGGAAUCCCUGACCAUUCAGGAUAGCAUUGAAAACCUCGAGUUCAUUUGUGAGGACCACACAGAAGUCCAGCGUAAGUCCAAGAAGGAGUUCACCUCCUGCCAGAUUACCUACCCACCAAGCCCAUUACCCACCUUAUGCCCCACCUGUGGCAGAGUUGGCAGGUCCCUCAUUGGUCUCAAGAGCCACCUCAGGACCCAUAGAAUUGGAGAUGAAGCAAGUCAUCCUCAAACCUGAGGAGCUGCCAGUGUGCAGGGAUCUAAUUUCAGACAUUAAUGCAAAAGUAAACAAUGGCCCCAACGUUACCAGGCUUGGUCUAAAAUUUUUACUGUUUGGUUUUUCUCAUUAGGCUCCUUCAUUAAAAAAAAAGCCAAGUUAAUGGUGCAUGUCAGACCUCAGUAGAGGGUACCUAUCUGUGCUUUCAUUUAUAAAGGCACAAAUUGAUCAGGGACAAUCAGUCUGGUUUUAAGGGGAAGUUGUGUCUGACUAACUUGAUUUGAAUUGUAGCUGUCGGGAAAGAUUGGAUAAGCUAGAGCUGUUUUCUUUGGAACAGAGGAGUUGACAGCAAACUUAAUUAAAGUGUAUAAAAUUGUAAGGGGCCUAGUUAGAGUGAAUAGGAAGUACCUAUUUCCCUUGGUAAAUGAAUAAAAAACCAAGGGGCAUAGGCUUAAAAUAAUUGGUAGAAGGAAAAUAGUGGAGUUGAAAGAUUUAUUUCACCAGGAGAUGGUAGGAGUUGGGAACUCACCACAAGGGAGGGUGGUGGAGGCAGAACCCUUCCUCGUGUUUAACUAAUAGUUAGAUAUGUGCUUGAAGACCAGUGACCCGCAGGGCUGUGCACCUUGUACUGAAAGGUGUGAUUAGACCAAAAAUGAUGAGCUGAAUGCCCUCCUGUGUCAUUACAGUCUUUAUGAUAUAAUAAUUCCAUAAUUCCAAGGAUGUUAAAUUCUCACUGGGCUUCUUUUGAAUGAUCAUCUAUUAACAAAAUACUUCUUCCAGAUCACAGAAUUUUCUUGAAAUUACGAGAUUUUGUUCAAAAAUGUGCACGUAAGCCACAAGUAAUAUGUCCAUGAGCAGAAUUUUCUGAUCUCCAUGGUAACAACUUCACAGUGUAGCAUGGACAAUUUGUCAAAAUGUACUCUAGUGAAUCUUGCUUUUCAACACAAAUUGCUAUUAAUCUGUUCCAGGUUUAUUUGCAAAUCACAAUGCAACUUGUGAUCUGUCAUCAUCUUCACCUGUCUUAUCAUAAUGUCAGCAAGACACCAGUGAGCACAAUGUGCCUGAACAAAAAAUGUUCAGUGAUCACCACAUAGUCAUUUAUAAUUGACAGUGGUAUAUUUUGGUGUGUUCUGAAUAAACUUAAAAAUCUACUUGGCGAGCCCAAAAUUCAACCACUGCCAUUUAGCAGUUCAGUUUACUACUUAAAUCGGAAAUUACUGUCGAGUCACAUUGUGGCUUAGUUCUGUCAUCAUCAUUGUCCCUUUAUCAGAAUUGAUUUUUCUACCAUUACUGUCCUCAUUGAACUCUGUAUAUUUAAUAAUAUGCUGAUAUGCUUUAUCUUAGUAAAUUCCAGAAAAUUAUUCAUUGUCUGCAACAGGUUGAAAUGCUAUAAAACAAAAAAAGUUUUUUUUAGAAAAAUAAGAUUUAUAAAAAUUAGGAUUGUCGCAUUUUGCAAGGUAUGAUUGUUCUUUUGUCACUUUUUUUUAGUACUGUUAUGAUAUAUACUGUGUAAUUGUUUGAUAAAAUAAUAAAUUAGUCAUAGAGGCAAUGAUCACUUAUUAAACUAUUUCAAGGAGUAAUAAAAUGUGCUAAUUAAGUAAUGAUCUUAGUUUGUUUUGUUAUAAAGUUUAUUAAAUUCCUAGUUUUCCCCACACAAGAUAUCAGCAGAAUUUUCUAAAAGAUUUUAAUCCAAAGGUAAUGAAUGUGAAUGCAUUGAGAACAAUAACAUGUAAGCUAAAUAAAAAUUGUUCAAUGCAAUCCUUAAUGCUUGUCCAUUUUAAUAAUCCAUCAAUUUGUUAGAAUUCUGCUGUGAGGACAUCAUGUCUACAAAUGAAAUUGCAUUUAUUGUUUCAUUUUAAUUGGUCACAUCCGACAGACUCCAUUGACUAGUGUGAGGUAAUAUAUUGUUCUGUCACUUUCAUUCUGGUUGGGCUGUCAGUACUCUC